AACCGUACCGAAAGAACAAGAAUAGAGCGCAUAGUAAUCAUUGAUUUAUAGCUUCUUAUGAAAACAGUAUUGGAUAAUGAAUUAUUAAGGCGGCUAACAAGAAAAUGUCGUUGCAUUAGCUAGAAGGAACCAAAUUACUUCCGGGUUAAACAUAAACUUACUUAGGGCUGAAAUUCCCUGUAGGAGAAAGCUGUUAGUGGUUGUACCGUCACACUAUGUAAAUGUGCUUCGAAUUACCGCCAAAUAAACUAAGUUAAAUAAUGGAACUUGACUCCUUGUGCCAACAUUGGGACUCAAAUUUGGAUAUCGAUGAAGAAAAUUUCGAGACUGUUGCUGAGCCAGAAAAGCAUCCACGCCUUUCCUUGUAUAAAAAUAAAGGUCGGGCUGCUGAUCAAGAAAAACGUUGGCGCCAAAAACUCAGCAUACUUAAAUCUAAAAACGAAAGAUUAGAUCAUUUCGAUCAUAAUCGCUUUUCCGUCAAUAUAGAAGAACACUCAAAACACCCAUGGGCAUCAACUGCAAAAAAGUCGGAAAUAAAAAGUUGGCGUCGUCACUCGAAACUUUUAAUGUUGGCAGAAUGGUUUUUAUUUAUGCCUCCAAAUUUUGAGGAUGAAUAUCGGAUGAAGCUUUGUCCUAAAGGGCGCCAUGUAUUUAUCAGGGCCUCUAAAGGGAAGACUACAGUAUAUGCCAGAAACGGACGUCAGCUGAUAUCAUCUGUUUCACGGCUUCCAGGAGGUGGUUUAGGCCAAAGUGAUAGUCAGAAUAGUUCAUAUACAACUUUAUUGGAUUGUAUAUUACACUGUCCAGAAAAUACUAUGGAUUUCACCGAUUUUCAAAUGGCUUAUGAAACAAAGCAAAUGACUUUCGACUUCUACGUAGUUGACAUCAUUUUUAUGAGGUCUACGGGUUACGUCGAUCUACCUUUUUAUGAGCGAUCUCAGUGGUUGGAAAUAUAUCUCAAAGAACAAAUAGAAGAGCAUGAUGAAAGUGAUCCUGUUACUUUUCAUAUUCUGCCAUCCUUUCAAUGUGAUAUAGAAUCAAUGCAAAAUGUAUUCUCAUCAGUGCCAUCCUAUGAGAUUGAUGGUGUUCUAUUUUAUCAUAAAGAUGUGAAUUAUGAACCUGGUGUAACUCCUCUUGUGAGUUGGUUAAAACCAUAUAUGUUACCGGAAUGGUUCCCUAAUAUUAAUUAUCAUUCGGAUUUUAUGAAAGAUAUUCCUGACGAUUAUACUGACUAUAUUAAUGAAAUAAAACAAUAUGAAGCUAACAAGAAGUUUUCGAAAUCGUCAUGUUCCGUCAUUCAACAAACAAUUGCUGAAUAGAUUCUACUAUGUAAUUAUAAAUAUUCAAUUUUACUGUCACACUUAAAAUGGAAAUUUCAGAUUGGCUUUUGUUGCAUAAAGGUCAUUGUGAUGCUUUGUUUAAAAUGUUGGUUUAGGGUUCUCUUCAUUUCAAUGAAACAAUAAUCAUGUAUUACCUUCCAUACAUAGCUCAAUGUACAUUUGUAUUGUACAAUAACCAGAUACAGUGUGCAUAACUAGACGACAGCAUGAAUCCAUUCACUGGAACAAGUCAUUUGCAAGGUCGUGUAACAUAUAUCUUUGAUUGCAUAAAAACAUAUGUAUUAUAAUGACAAAUAUACAUAAAUUUAACAAUGAACCAUCAUCAAUUAUGCUACAUAAUGUCUCGAAAAUCUUAUUUUAAUAAAUUUAUUACAGAUGGUCGCCUAUAUUUUCACUUUCCCAAGGGACAUCGUACUGAAUGCCGCGUAUCAUAAUAGAAUAAUUUGAAUCAUUAGACAAACUAUGAUAAUGUCUUAUUUGGCCAUGUCAAUGGGGCAUAACCAAGCCUCCUCGAUUAAAAUUAUUUCAAGCUGAGAAUACACCCAUGCAAUUCAAACAUUCAAUAUACGAAACUCUAUUUGGCUCAAUCGUUGCAGAUAUCAAAAGAGUUGGGUGCUUCGAGGAUUCAAUAUUGACUUAUUAUUUUAGAUAAUCACAUCACAUUCGUGAAAUAUUGAGUUACUGUCUAUAUGGUGUAGUAUACUCAGAAUUCACGACUACGA